AGGAGGGACGCCAGGACGAUGGCUGGAGCCCAGGGACCGUGGCUGCCGCUGCCUCCCCUCUGGCUCUGGUGCUGGCUCCAGGUGCUGCUGGCGCCCCCAGGGCCGUGGCCAGCGCGGGCCUUCAACUUGCACUCGGACCAUCCCACCAUCUACACUGGGCCCAACCACAGCUACUUCGGCUUCGCCAUGGACUUCUUCCAGGGCAGUAAGGGCGGCAUGAGUGUGGUGGUGGGUGCACCCCGGGCCAACACCUCGCAGCCUGGCGUGGUGGAGGCCGGAGCCGUGUACUUGUGCCCCUGGGCGCCUGGCAGGACCCGCUGCAGCAGCAUCGAGUUUGAUCCCAAAGGGGACCAGGCCGAGACCAAGGGAUUCCUCCAGCUGAAGACGUACAAGUCUCACCAGUGGUUCGGGGCGUCCGUGAGCAGCUGGGGUGGCAACAUUGUGGCCUGCGCCCCCCUGCAGCACUGGAACGCCUUCGAGAGCGCGGCCCAGGCCACCCAGACACCCGUGGGCACCUGCUUCGUGGCCACCGAGGGGCUGAGCCGCUUCGCCGAAUACGCGCCCUGCCGCUGCCAGCACAUGGAGGCCACCUACCGGGAGAGGAGCUACGCCAACGACAAGCGGUACUGCCAGGUGGGAUUCAGUGCCACCGUCACCCACGCUGGCAGGCUGGUGCUGGGUGCCCCGGGAGGAUACUACUUUGUGGGGCUGAUCUACUCGGUCAAUCUGUCGGCAGUGGUGUCCCACGCCCCCGGCGGCGCCCUGCUCUGGUCCGUGGCCCCGGAGCAGGUCACGGAGGACAUGUACCAGGAGUACGAUGACGCCUACAGAGGGUACUCGGUGGCCGUGGGGGAGUUCGAUGGGGACCCUGCCACGCCAGAGUAUGUCGUGGGCGUCCCCAACAAGAGAACGACCUGGGGGGCGGUCGAGAUCUUCAGCGCUAGGAAGUCUCUCGUGCUGGUACAGAGCAUCCAGAGUGAGCAGGUGGCGUCGUACUUUGGUCACACGGUGGCUGUUGCUGAUGUGAAUGGCGAUGGGAAGGACGACAUCUUGGUGGGGGCACCGCUCUACAUGGAGGGCCGCUCCGACCGCAAGCUCUACGAGGUGGGGCGCGUCUACCUGUACCUGCAGCGCCGGGGCCCCCACCCCUACCGGCAGCCCGCGCAGACCAUGACCGGCACCGAGGUCUUCGGCCGCUUCGGCACAGCCAUCGCUCCGGCGGGGGACCUGGACCAGGACGGCUACGUCGACGUGGCGGUGGGGGCUCCGUUCGCCGGGAGCGGCCGUGUGCUCAUCUUCAGGGGGUUCAGCGAGGGGCUCCGCACGCCGGCCUCGCAGGUGCUGGAGAGCCCCUUCCCCGGCCGGGCCGCCUUCGGCUUCUCCCUGCGCGGCGCCACCGACAUCGACGCCAACGGCUACCCAGAUGUGCUGGUUGGGGCGUUCGGCGCCAGCAAGGUGGCCGUGUACAGAGCCCAGCCCGUGGUGGUGGCCAGUAGCCAGCUGUCAGUGCCAGAUGUGCUGAACCCCGAGGAGAAGACCUGCACUGUCGACAGGACCCCUGUCAGCUGCUUCCCCGUCCAGCUGUGCGUGCGCAUCAGGGGGAAGAGCCUCCCGCAGAGCAUGAGGCUGGCCGCCGACCUGCAGCUGGACCGGCUGAAGCCCAAGUCGGGGCGAAGGGUCUGGGAGCUGCAGACGCACCAGGCAGACCGGGGACUGGAGCUGCAGCUAUCAAGGGCGGUGCCACUCGCUUGCCAGAAUCUCACAGCCUACCUGCGGGACGAGGCUGAUUUCAAGGACAAGCUGAGCCCCAUCGUUGUGAGCCUGGCGCUGACCCUGGCAGCUGGGCUGGGCACCAAGGAGCUGGGACUGGUGCUCUAUGGGCAGACGGUGGUUCAGGAGCAGACACGAAUCGUGCUGGACUGCGGCGAGGACAACGUCUGCGUCCCAGAGCUGCGGCUUGCCGCCCGCACACCCGUGGCCCAGCUGUUCAUCGGGGCUGAGAACGUGGUUCAUAUCCUGGCUGACGCCACCAACGCGGGCGAAGGCGCCUUCGAGGCCGAGCUGCGGCUGCAGCUGCCACGCGACGCCCACUAUCAGAAAGCCACCAGCAACCUCCAGGGGCUGGAGAAGCUGAUCUGUAACCUCAAGAAGGAGAACGAGACACGUGUGGUGAUCUGCGAGCUGGGGAACCCCAUGAAGAGUAAGACCAAGAUCGCUGUGGACAUGGCGCUCAGCAUCAGUAACCUGGAGGACGCCGGCGACACCAUCGAGUUCCAGCUGCAGCUGUGGAGCAAGAAUAGCCACAGCCCCCACAGCAACAUGGAGCGGGUGCAGAUCCCCAUCAAGGCCGCCGCGCUGCUGGACCUGCGAGGGAAUUCGCUGCCAGCCACCGUGGUGCUGCCAGUGGCGGGCUGGGAACUGGCGGAGGGCAGCCGCCGGCUGGAGGACCACGGGCCCAAGGUGGAGCAUGUCUAUCAGCUGCACAACCAGGGCCCUGGCACCGUGAGCCAAGCGGAGCUGCGGGUGGAGUUCCCCAACCAGUUCCAGGGCGACUUCUUGCUGUACAUGAUGGAGCUCAGCACAGAGGGGAGGAUCAACUGCUCCAGCCCCACGGGGCUCAACCCUCUGGGGCUGGAGGGCCAGAAACCAACGGCCUCCCCUGGCCACAACAUGAGCUACCAGCUGGUCCACAGGCGGGAGCGACGGGAGGCAGACAAGGCCGAGGCAGGCCCAGGCACGCUCAGGGAGCCCACCCUGGUGAACUGCAGCAGCCAGUCCUGUGUGGCCGUGCUGUGCAAGGUGGAGAUGCUGGAGAGGGACCAGCGGGUCAUGGUGACUGUCCACUCCGUCCUGUGGAUGCAGAGCGUCAGGAAGCGGCCCCAUGACCAGUUCAGCAUCCAGUCGCAGGCCUGGUUCAACGUCUCCGCCAUGCCCUACCGCAUCCAGCCCGAAGUGCUGCCCAGCGGACACGCCACGGUCCACACGGAGGUGGUGCGGGUGAGCCCGGAUGCGGAGAAGGAGAUUCCCACCUGGUGGGUGGUGCUGGCUGUGCUGGCCGGGCUCCUGCUCCUGGCCCUCUUCAUCUGCGCCCUGUGGAAGAUGGGGUUUUUCAAGAGAACCCGGCCGCCCAUCGACGACCAGGAGGAGCUAACGAGUGAUGAGACGGGGGAGCCAUGCACAGGGAGGGGCCAGUAGGGGGGCGCCUCCCAAACUGGUCCCCUCCUUGCGCUCCCGUCCCUACCUCCUGCACGUGCAGCCCAUGCCUGGGGCCUGCGCCUCAGUAGCAAGGAGAAGCAGAGCUGAUGCCUACGCCAGCCAGCCGGACAGGCAGCUCUUCCUGUAGUGUGCACACCCUGCCCCACGCCAGCUGGAGCUCCCCAGCGCUCUCCCCUCCCAGCCGAGGGGCCCGGGCCGUACCCUGUGGCAGGCUGUGUCCUGGUACCAGAGCAGGCACGGGCAGGGCUGGCCAGAGGAAAGUUCCCCCCCCCCCGCCCCCGCCACGCCAACAGCUCAGCCCCAGGAUCUCAGGCCUGCCCCUGGCACUCAAGGGGGAGCUGAGGCAGCAUCACAGAAUCCAAGGCCAGAAGGGGCCGUUGGAUCAGCUCAUCUGCCCCCAGCACAGCCCAGGCCCCCGGUGCUGAGCCCAGAGCUGGCAGAGACCAGGAGAGACCGAGCAGGGAAUUGACGAGGAGACAGAUCCACCCCCACGGCUUCAGAGGAAGUUGGAAACCCCCUGAGGUCCCAGCCCACCGUGGCAGAGCCUGCUGCCCAGCCCCACGCAGCCGGGUGCCCUGUGAGCCUGGCAGCUGGGGCUGCCUCCCCCUAGCACCACGUCGAUUUCCACCUCUUGCAGAGGCUGAUCAGCCCUGGGGGGGGGUCAAACAGCUGCCGAGCCCCCCCCCCCUUGCAGGGCAGAGCACCAAGCCCCCAGCUGCACCCUUGGGGGAGACAGGGGGGGCCUCUCCCAUUCCCCACCCACUGCUCCUGCAUCACGGGCCCCGCUCCCGGCCAGGGGAGCAGGGAAUUGUAGCCUCCCUCCUGCUGCUUCCUGCUGUGCAAUAAACGAGCUCCCAGAA